UCAUAAUUUUCGAAAUUUUUAGCCUGGGAGGACGUUUUUACCCUCAAAUCCAUCCUCAGGGUCUGCAUUAAACUACUGUGAAAAAAUUAUAAAAAUAUUCUUAGCGGUUCCGAAGUUAUACCCAAAAAUGUCCACUGAUGCAUAAAAAUCUCGAUGUUGCAAUAUGAGUUCAAAAAACUCAAAAUUGACAGCUCUUGGACCUUCACGGACAAAAUUGCCUCUAACUCAGAGAGUUUCUGAGGUACAAAAACCGUUUUGGUAUGCAAUUAUUGGAAAAAAAACACACUUUCUUGGACAUAAACUCUUUUAACCCAUUUAUUUCUCAAAAAUAAUGGUAGCAGAGAGCAAAGCCAAAUUUAUUUAAUUUAUAAUUUGUUAAUGUACUGAAAAAUGUAAAAAACUUCAAAAAAAUCGAUUGACUAAAGUAAUUUCCUUAAAUUUUUGGCACGCCUAUGGUGGCCCUGCCUCUUCUCGGCUCUGAUUGGACUAAAAACCGUUAUAAUAGGAGAGGUGGGCGGGUGCAGUAUAAGCAGUGGCGUACCAACUUUAGUAAGGAUUUAGAAACAUAUAUAUAUUUUUUAAUGUAAAUAUUCAACUCAUAUCCAUCCUCAGGAACAGCAUUUUAUUACUGUGAAAAAUAUUCUCAGCGGCUCCAAAGUUAAACUCAAAAAUGUCCAAUGAUGCAUAAAAACUCUGAUGCUGCAAUAUCAGUUUUUAAAAGUGUCAUAAUUUUCGAAAUUUUUAGCCUGGGAGGACGUUUUUACCCUCAAAUCCAUCCUCAGGGUCUGCAUUAAACUACUGUGAAAAAAUUAUAAAAAUAUUCUUAGCGGUUCCGAAGUUAUACCCAAAAAUGUCCACUGAUGCAUAAAAAUCUCGAUGUUGCAAUAUGAGUUCAAAAAACUCAAAAUUGACAGCUCUUGGACCUUGACGGAUAAAAUAGCCUCUAACUUAGAGAGUUUUGAGUAUAGAUAGAUAGUUUUGGUAUGGAAUUAUUGGAAAAAGAACAUACUUUUUUGGACAUAAACCCUUUUAAUCCAUUUCCACUUAUUUCUCAAAAUAUUCUCAAAAAUAAUGGUAACAGAGAGCAAAGCCAAUUUUAUUUAUGUUAUAUUUUGUUCAUGUACUGAAAAAUGUAAAAAACUUCAAAAAAAUCGAUUGACAAAAGUAAUUUCCUUAAAUUUUUGGCACGCCUAUGGUGGCCCUGCCUCUUUUCGGCUCUGAUUGGACUAAAAACCGUUUUAAUAGGAGAGGUAGGCGGGUGCAGUAUAAGCAGUGGCGUAUCAACUUUAGUAAGGAAUUAGAAACAUAUAUAUUUUUUUAAUGUAAAUAUUCAACUCAAAUCCAUCCUCAGGAACAGCAGUUUAUUACUGUAAAAAAUAUUCUCAGCGGCUCCAAAGUUAGACUCAAAAAUGUCCAAUGAUGCAUAAAAAUUCGAAUGUUGCAAUAUCGGUUUUCAAAAGUGUUCUAACUGUCGCAAUUUUUAGUCUGGGAGGACGUUUUUACUCUCAAAUCCAUCUUCAGAGUCUGCAUUAAAUUACUGUGAUAAAAUUAUGAAAAUAUUCUCAGCGGUUCCGAAGUUAUACCCAAAAAUGUCCACUGAUGCAUAAAAAUCUUGAUGUUGCCAUAUGAGUUCAAAAAACUCAAAAUUGACAGCUCUUGGACCCUGACGGACAAAAUUGCCUCUAACUCAGAGAGUUUCUGAGGUACAAAAAUCGUUUUGGUAUGGAAUUAUUGAAAAAAGAACACACUUUCUUGGACAUAAACCCUUUUAAUCCAUUUCCAAUUAUUUAUCAAAAUAUUCUUAAAAAUAAGGGCAGCAGAGAGCAAAGCCACAUUUAUUUAUUUUAUAAUUUGUUCAUGUACUGAAAAAUGUAAAAAAGUUCAAAAAAAUCUAUUGACAAAAUUAAUUUCCUUAAAUUUUUGGUACGCCUAUGGUGGCCCUGCCUCUUCUCGCCUCUGAUUGGACUAAAAACCGUUAUAAUAGGAGAGGUAGACGGGUGCAGUAUGACCAGUAGCGUAUCAGUUUAAGUAAAGAAUUAGAAAUAAAUGUUUUUUUUAUUAUAAUGUUCAGGAAGCAUUUAAAUUUUUUCAUAUUAGAUUUUGUUUAUGCACUGAAAAAUGUGAUAAAGCUCCAAAUAGUUGGAUUUAAAAAAGUCAUUACCUUGAAUUUUUGGCACGUCUAUGGUGACACCACCUUUCCUUGGAUCUGGUUGGACCCAAAAAUAUAAUAAUAAGAGAGAUGGCCGGGUACAGUAUGAACAGUGGCGUAUCAAUUCUUAUAAGAGACUAAAAAUAAAUUUUUUUUUUUUUUCAUGUAAGUAUUCAAAAAGCAAAACCAAAUUUAUUUAUUUUAUAUUUUGUUUACGUUUUUUUGGCACGCCUAUGAAGGCUCCGCCUGCCCUUGAUUCUGAUUGUACCAUAGCAUGUCAUAUUAAAAGAGAUGGGCGGAGAUAAAGUCAACAGUGCGGUAGUUACUAGGAUUAAAAAAAAUAUAUUUUUCUUGAGUUGUUAGCACCUCUAUAGUGUUCCCAUCUCCCUUUGACUCUAAUUGGUCCAAAGGGUAGUCGUAAUAAUUUGGUGGGCGUGUCCGAAGUAGACAGUGGCGUACGAGUUAACAUAUACUUACAUUUAAGCCUGUCAUAAUGCGAUGUUGCUUUCGAAAUAAUUAUUAUUCAAAUUCGCUCGGAAUUUUACUAAUUUGUAUAUAAACACCUUUAUAUAAAUAUACCUUUACAAAUGUAAAAUGCAUAUAUAGUUUUUUCCUGUAAAAAAAAAUAAUAAUAAAUUAGUUUAUUGUAAGAUUUGCUCACUAGUUUCUAGUCUAAUAAUUGUUACUAUACGUUAAUUUUAUAUAGUUUUUUAUUGCAAUAAAUAUAUUAUAUUAAAUGAGGACAAAAUCAUUGGAAAGAAGGAAUUUCCGUAAAUAAUGCAUAUCAACUUAUAAGAAACAAAAAUAUCUAUUUAUAUAUUUUAAAAGAAAAAAAACAAGACCAAAACUCGUCAUAGUGUGUUAUAGUUUGGUAACAUGUGUUAUUUACUGGAAAGGUUUAUAGAGAAAGGUAUACAAUACCUGGAUAAUUAUACACGGUGGUCCGCCUUAGAAAUUUUUCAAUUCUACAUAACAUUCCAAUAAUUUUGAUGGAUCACACGGUUGAAAAUCAGUUAAGUUUCCAAAAUAUUGUACCAAAAUAUGGCAAGUGACCCAUCAAACUACUUGGAUGUUGUAGAAUCCAAAUAUAUAAUAAUAUAUACGAUGUCUUAUAUGAAACAAUGAUGUUUUAGCAAAUUUUCUUACUUCUUUGAAAGAUGUACCAAAAAUCCAUAGUUUCGGUUUGUGCAUUUUUUAUUUUGAAAUAAAAAUUAACAAUUUUGAUGGGUGACAUGAUAUCGUCGGCUGAAUGCAAAAACUAGGUAACUCAAAAUUUCGUGUUUAUUGGGUUAUCUAUGUUUUAAUAUGCUUGAAAGAUGAAGGUAAUUAAAUGUUAUAUAGGCGAUUUAUAUUUCCCCAUUUCCCAACUCUAAAACUUGUAUUUAAAAAUAAGUUAGGUUAGAAUUAUGUUUUCUUCUCAACGGUUUUUACAUAGUUUGCUUGUGUGUUAUUUUUGGGGAUUUAGUCGGCUUUCACGCUAAGGCAACCAGCUAUAUGCAAUCUGGCAAUAGGCAACACGCAAUUUUACAUUAAACUUGGGUUGAACCAAAAAUAUUGCUUGUUGCAGCGAUAUUAUUGCUAUAGCGAUACAUGCACCGUGAAAAGCGUUAAAUAUUGGGGUUUUGCAAAUAGUGCUGUGAGAAGUUUGCGCAUUAGACUGUUAGUACUGAUACUGAUAGUACUUAUUUUGUUUUAUUUUAUUUAUUUAUUUUAUUAAAAAGGCGUACAAUAUUUGCACCGUUCCAGGUUUUUAUAAAAUUUUUGAUAGAAAUAGUGAAAAUUCUUGUGUCUUUGGAGUCGUCGAAUGAUAUAAUGUUCAGAGAAUUCUGGCAAUACUGUUAUUGUUUUAAUGUGACAGGGAACUUAAAUAAUAUUGCGUAUUGCCUAUUGACAUUUUCCAAUUGCUUAUUGGUGUGCCUUAAUGUGAAAGCCACCUUAUGGAGGAAAAAUUUGUGAAAUUUUAUUAUUUAAAAAACUCUUAAUUGCUUUAAUUUUUUUUAAGUGACUGAAAUUAGUACUUAUAUGAUUAAAAUUUGCAAUUUACAUUUUAAGAAUGAAUGCGUAACAUGAUGCGUAAGGUAAGUAAAGAUAUUGCACAUAACUAAAUAAAUGGUAAGGCCUCAUGCUUUUUUUAUUAAAUUAAUGAAAAAAUAAGUACCGAUUUAAUAUGCAAGUAUUUUAAAUUCUAGAUUCGAUGAACCGAUCUUUAACGACUAUCGGAAACCAAUGUGAAUCUAAAGAAAACUUGGAUUUUAAUACUAAUUUAUUUAUUGAUUUAAUACAUGUAUUUUUUACUUUUGGCAAAAUAAACAAAUUUGAAUUUGAAUUUGAAUUAAUUUUGGUACUGAAGGCAACCUACUAAAUAGACUUUCUUCAAAUGGAGACGAGUGUCAAAUCAAAGAUACAUUAAUAGCUGGCCCGCGUCAUGAUUCAUUAGUACAAGCAUCUGCUGAGGAAGUUAUAUUAUUAGGUAGAUGCAAAUUUUUUCUAGUGUUAGUAUUCUAAUUUUUUUUAUUGUAGAUUUUAUAGCCAAUCAAGAUGAACAAUAUCUGCAAGAUUUUGGCGAAAUUAAUUGCGUUAACAGCCCUACUGAAUUUUCUUUAGAUGAGGUCAAUAAUUCCAUGCACGGAUCGGAUCAUGAGAUAACUGAAGAAACGUUUAAUGUAGACCAGCUUAAAUUAAAUCAUGGUAAUGUGAAUGAAGAAACCGUUAAGGAGAAGCCAUUGGGUAUAAUAUUAUACUAGUAAUAGCAACUAUCAUGCACUAUUAAAAAUUAUGUGUUUUAAAUAACUGCACGUUAGCAGGGAACUCUGAUUAUGAAAAGAAAAAAGAUAAAAGCUUUAGCGAUUUUUCCCCAGAUAAUUCUGAAUAUCUUCCUAGCACCAGUUCUUUAGUUUCGGAGGAAGAUACAGCAUCUAAUGAAGGAGAAGGUAUUAGUGAAAAUAAUUUAAUUGGAAUGGAGGAACAUCCAAAAGUAACUAGUAAACCUCGGAGGAAAAGAAAAAGGCCAGAAUUGUGGAAAAGAAAUAUUAGGAAAAAAAACAGAGAUGAGGGAAAAAAAUAUGAAUCAGUUAAAGGCGUUUUAAAACCUGCUGCUAAAGUGGGUGGUCCCUGCAAAAAAUAUUGUCGGCUCAAAUGUUUUGAUGUCCCUGAGGCUCAACGGCUUCAAAUCUUUAACGCAUACUAUGGGCUGGGCAACUACUCGCGCCAACGAGAUCUUAUUCUCUCUAAUUCGGAAAAAACCGAGAAAAAAAUUAGAACAACUCAGCACGAAUCUAAAAGGAAGUAUUCAAUCAGCUAUUUUCUUCCCGUUGAUGGAAAAAGAAGAAAAGUAUGCAAGCCCAUGUUUCUGAGUACUUUAGGUAUAAAAAAAGGCGUUGUUGACAUUGCUAUGGCAAAGCGAUCCAACGAAAAUAUUUCAGCUUCUGAUGGCCGAGGAAAGGGAAAGGGUAAAACCUUGAAUCCUACUUUAGUUCAAGACAUAAAGUCACACAUAGAAAGUUUUCCAUGUGUUCCAUGUCCCUCUCAUUAUUGCAGAGCUGAUAUUGAACGAAAAUAUUUGGAUUCUUUUUUAAAUUUGCCUACAAUGUAUAGGAUGUAUGUCCAGUGGUGUCGAGAAAAUGGAAGGCCAGAAGCAAAGUUAUCGACCUAUCGAAAUAUUUUUAAGGAUAACUAUAAUUUAGGAUUUCAUCGGCCAAGAAAAGACCAGUGUCGAAUCUGUGUGGCUUUUAUUAAUAAAGAAAAUAUAACUGACGAGGAGGCAAAUGAUUUUAAAGUACAUCAACAAUUAAAAGAAUCCGCCAGAGAGCAAAAACGUACGGACAAAGAAAUUGCCGUUACCAAUGAUCAAAUUGUCAGUUGCAACAAGUUUUACUUAGUCCUAGUGACCCACGAACAAUGCCUUAUUUUACAAACGUCGAUAGCCACUUAUAACUUUACAAUUUAUAACGUUGGUAACAGAAAAGGAGACUGUUUUAUGUGACACGAGGGCCAAGGAGGUAGAGGUAGUUGUGAAAUAGCGAGUCUUUUAUUUAGAUAUUUUAAAUCCCUGCCAAAUUCUGUAGAAGAAAUAAGGUGUUUUAGUGAUAGAUGUGGUGGACAAAACCUUAACAAGUACGUUGUUGCAAUGUGCAUAUAUGCAGUACAAGUAAUAGGCAAUUUAAAAACGAUCCAUCUAAAAUUUUUGACACCUGGUCACAGCGUAAUGGACUCAAUGCCCUCCGCUAUAGGCACUGAAUUUAAAAGGGUUGGUAAAGCACUGUGGCCAGGCGAUUGGAAGACUAUUGCCAGAAGUGCAAGGAAAAGGGGAGAUCAGCCCUAUGCAAUUCAUGACAUUCAGGGCAAUGCUUUUUUUGAUUGGAAGGCAUUUGCCAAUAGCCAGUUGACCAUGAGAAAAACAGAUAUUAAUAAUGAGCCUGUUUCAUUUCAAAAGCUCUACUGGUUUCGCUUUAGAAAGGAAAAUGCUUACCAAUAUGAGUGCAAAGAGUCUUUUGGUGAAGCUAACUUUAGACAGGUGGAUUGUAAAAAAAAAACUUUACGUAGGCAGUCAAUCAAUAUUCUACCUUGUUAUCCACAGGGCCAUCCCAUAACUGAGCAAAAAUAUAAUGACCUAAUGUCAUUGUUUUUUACAAACCCACCAGCAUUAAGUCGUGAUUAUUUUGAUUUUUACCAUAACUUACCCCACGGUAGGAGGGAACAAGAAGAAGAUGAUUAAUCACAGCAAUUUUGUUUACUUUAAGCAACCAUAAAAGGAUAAAACUUUUAAUUUACGUUAUUUUAAUUAUGUAUUGUGCCUCUCUUUCACGUACAGGUACAAACAAAGAGGGAAAAAAAAAUAGUGCAAAAAGUAGAUAUCUUUAGUUUUAUUUUUAAAUAUAUUUAUUUUUCCUUGCAUAAUACAUAUAUAUAUAUAUUUAAUUUUGUACUAAAUGUAAUGUUUUCAUCAUAAUAAAGAACUUACAAAAAAAUUAAGCUAUUUUAUUAAAUACAUUUACUGCAGAGCAGUUCUAAUUAUAUCGCUUAUAAUGUUUUGCCCAUUUUCUCGAAACUAUCAAAAAAUAGUUGCCUAGUUUUUGCAUUCAGCCGACGAUAUAGAUUGGAGUAAUAGUUUUGGAGAAAAUCAACAGUUGAUCAUAUGUAUGUCCAAAGUGAUGAAAUGUGACCCCUCAAUCUUCUUGAAAUUCUACGUAGAAUCGAAAUAUGUAAUAAUAUAUGUAUAUCCUAUGUCUUAUCAAAAUUAGAAAUUGACGUAGAAUCCUAAAAUAACGAUUUUUUUGACUGCGGACUGCCCUGUAUAUGCGUAGCUAUAUUUUAAAAAACGUCUAACGUUAACAAUAAACUGUGUGUGUUGGACCAAAAAACGGUAUAUUAUGUAAUUUUUACCAUUACAUAAAAUGUAUGUGAUAUUUAUAAUUGUAUAAACUUUUAAAUUCACCCAUUUUCAACUUUUUUAAUGUAAGCGUUAGAUUAGGGCAAAUUUGAUCUUUUUACCUACUAUUAAAAAGCACAAAGGGAAGGUAAAAUGUUUUUUUUUUCUAUUGUCACGCUUGUGCUAUAGUUGCUUCCAAACCACGAAUCUUAUUCUCAUAUUAUCAACUUAUUCUAUUCUAAUAGUAAAUAAAUUUGUAAAUUUAUUGAAUGAUUUUUUGGCUCUUAUAGACUCUACAAACGCCUUUUAAAACUCUACUGUAUUGCAACACCAUAAUAGUGUAAUUAUUUAGUUAUUAUUGAAAAAUGUACAUAAAAUUUAAUUUGUU